AUGAAGUUCCUCAAGGUGCGGGGGAAGCAAGCUGCAGUGGAUCGGGGUCUGAUUUACCAGGGUAGUAUGCAGGUCUCUGACAAGGAGAUCAGGAGGGGGGCCAAGGACAAGAGAGGACACAGGCAGCAGAGCCACCUCUCACCCUCCUUUGCAAUCUCAUAGGACAUGGUAGCUAUGGGUGAGACCCUGGCUCACAUAAGGAUCACUCUCCUGCAGCUCUGGCUGGAGAGGUUGCUCUUUUUUUCAGCGUGGCCCCUGUCUGGGUGUGCUCAACACACCAGCCUCCCAGAAGUAGUGAUACCCUUGAGGGUCACUGGAACCAGUAGAAGAAUGUGGGCUGCAGGCUGGCUGUCCUAUAGCCUGCACUUUGGAGGCCAGAGACACAUUGUCCACAUGAAGGCCAAGAAGUUUUUGGUAUCUAAACAUUUGUCUGUGUUCACGUACACAGACCAAGGUGCCCUCCUUGAGGACCAGCCUUUUGUCAGGAGUGACUGCUACUAUCUUGGUUUUGUGGAAGGAGACCCAAUAUCCACAGUUGCCCUUACCACCUGUUUUGGGGGCUUUCAAGGAAUACUUCAAGUAAAUAACACAGCUUAUGAAAUCAAGCCCCAAAAUGCUUCUUCCACAUUUGAACAUCUAAUUUAUAAGAUCGACAAUGAGGAGACAGAAUUAUUCCCCAUGAGAUGUGGAUUAACGGAGGAAGAAUUAGCACGGCAACUGAAGACUCAAGAGCACUAUAACUUUACCCUCAUGCAGAGCAGCUCCGAGGGAUGGUGGACCCAUAAACGAUACCUUGAACUGGCAUUGGUGAUAGAUCAUGAGAGAUACGUUUUUCGGCAACACAACAUUUCACUUGUGUUAAUAGAUGCAUACCUCAUCAUCCAUGCAACAAAUUCUGUUUAUUAUACACUAGAUGUUGAAAUAGUUUUACAAGGAGUUGAGAUCUGGACUGAAGGAAACCCAGUGAUAGUGGAUAACAUAUACAAUGUCCUUGCUGAUUUUUGUGCUUGGAAGAAUAUCAACCUUAAUGAUCGUAUACAAAAUGAUAUUACACAUCUUUUCAUAAAAUAUGAUUUCGGUAUAUCUCUUGGCUUAGCCUAUGUUAGAGGUGUCUGUAAUCCAUUAUUUAAUUGUGGAGUUGAUUGUCUCAUAGGAGAGGACCUUAAAAGGUAUGGCUAUAUUGUAGCACAUGAGCUGGGUCAUAAUUUGGGUAUGAUACAUGAUAGUGACAGCUGUUCAUGUGCAAAAGAAACUUGUAUAAUGGAUCCAAAGGAAGCACACACCGACACAUUCAGUAACUGCAGUUAUGCUAAUUUUUGGGAUACCUAUGGUGCUACUAACUGUAUGCGCAAGGCAAAAAAACCAUUAAGCACCUUCAGUGUCAAAUUCUGUGGGAAUGGUGUGGUUGAAUAUGGAGAACAAUGUGAUUGUGGAUCUUUUCAAUUGUGUACAGAAGAUCCAUGUUGUACAGAGGGCUGCACUCUGAAAUAUGGUGCUGCCUGUGCUUUAGGACUUUGUUGCAAAGAUUGCCAGUUCAUGCCAUCUGGCACAGUGUGUAGAGAAAAUGACAGUGAAUGUGACCUUCCAGAGUGGUGUACUGGAACUUCACAUGAGUGUCCUGAAGAUGUCUAUGUGCUGGAUGGGACCCCUUGCCAUGGUGGUGGCUACUGCUAUGAAAAGAGAUGUAAUAACCGUGAUCAACAGUGCCAGCAAAUUUUUGGCAAGGAAGCCAGGAGUGCAGCUCAGACUUGCUACAGGGAAAUCAACACCCAAGGUGACCGUUUUGGCAACUGUGGUAUAUCCAGUCAUACAUACAUAAGAUGUAAUGACUCAGAUGUCCUGUGUGGGAGAAUCCAGUGUGAGAACAUAGCAGAUAUUCCACGUUUAAAUGAGCAUUCCACUGUGCACUGGCAUCAAUUCAAUGGUGUCACUUGCUGGGGUACGGACUACCAUUUUGGGAUGACCAUUCCUGACAUUGGUGAAGUAAGAGAUGGAACAGGCUGUGGUCCAGAGCAUGUGUGUGUUCAUAGGAAGUGUGUCAAUAAGUCUGUUUGGGCCAGUCAUUGUUCACUAAAUAGGACCUGCAAUAAUAAUGGGGUCUGCAACAAUAAACAACACUGCCAUUGCCACCCUUGGUGGGAUCCUCCAUACUGUAUGACAGAAGGCAAUGGGGGCAGUAUUGACAGUGGCCCAGCACCAUGGAAUACAAAGAUGCCCAACAGGAAUAACUUAACAUUGAUUAUUUUAACUUUUAUACCCUUUCUUUCAUUGUGUGUGUUAAUUUGUCUUUGGACAAGGUACAUAACGUCACCUGUGAAGGAAGAGAGCAUUGUUCCCGCUUCACUUGAAGAAGAAUUCAAUGUUGAAAGUUCUCUUGAGACAGGUUAA